AUGGCAUUACUUCCACUGUUAAUAGAUUACGAUUUGAGACCGAGACGGCUUCGAGAUCAGCUUUAUGGCCUGGAUUUGUCUACUGAUGAUUUCCUAACCGACAUUUUCGAUCGUCCGUCACGACGUAAUUAUUUACGUCCAUGGAGAAACCUGUCAUCAUUGUCGCGAGACGUUGGAUCUACCAUCAAAAGUGACAAGGACAAGUUCCAAGUUAAUUUAGAUGUACAGCAUUUUUCACCUGAAGAGAUUACUGUGAAAACAGUGGAUAACUAUAUAGUAGUUGAAGGCAAACACGAGGAGAAGAAAGACGAACAUGGCUUCAUAUCUAGGCAGUUUAAACGCAGAUACGCAUUACCAGAAGGCUGUAACCCAGAGAUGGUGGAAUCUAAGCUUUCAUCUGAUGGUGUUCUGACAAUAUCCGCUCAAAAAGUUUCUGAAAAGAAAAACGAAAGGAUUGUACCGAUUUCUCAAACUGGACCAGUUCGGAGAAAGAUUCAGGACAGUGAGGAAAAAGAGCAGCCGAACGGAGAAGCCGAAGAAGCCGAAGAAGUUAAAACCCCUCAAAAGAAGAGAAGGCGA